CUACAAAUCACAAGUGGUGAUAUUUCAAAUGACCUCCGAUAGUAAUAAAGCUUCACAUGAUUCUUCAAGUGAACACAUCAAUAACAACAAAAGCGAAAAUGCCAAUUGCAUACAGCUUAUGGAUCGAAAACAAGAGGUCACAGAAAGCUUGCAAAACAAUAACAUAGAUCCUUGCAUUCUCCCACAGCUCACAAGAUCUGACAUAAACUGGUAAGAAAAUUUCGUGUAUCGUUUAAAAUUUCAUGAAAAUCUAUUACUUAAUAUUCUACAAAAUGGUUAUCAUAAAACAUAUUCAGAACUAUUCAAUUUAAUUGAUUAUGAAGAGAAACGACGUAUUAAUGCAGGAAUUUCAUCACCAUAUUGGACUAUUCAACCAUUGACUGAACGACAUCAAUUACUUUGUGAAAUGAUGACACAUUUAAUGAAUGCAGAGAAUUUUAAUCAUUCUAAUCAAAUUGAAGAAGUUUAUAAAGAGAAUUUAUACUUGGCAGGAUUAUUUCAAUCAAAUAUCAAUGAUCAUUGGUUAUUAGAUAUUUAUUUACAAAAAUGUUUAAAAAUUGUAAAUAAAGGUUAUCUUGCUAUAAAGAAUAUGAUAACAACUAAAUUACAAAUGAAUAAUAUUGAUAAAAUACGAUUGGAUAACUUAACUGAAAUAAAACAAACACUUAAAAAGCGGUUAUUUGAAGCAAUCUAUCAUAAUGCUACAUAUUUAUUUGAAACAGGAAAAUACCCCCAAUCAUUAGAACUGUAUAAACAAUUACAAAAUAAAUUAGAAAAACAUAAACAUAUUUUGCAACCAUCUAUAAAUCCAUUUGAAAAACAACAAAUUAAUAUACCAUUGUAUAUUGUAUGUUAUGAACAAAUCUGUCGAAUCAUUUUAACAAUUUAUCAACCAAAUAAAGAAGAUCAAAUGAACGAAUUAUUGUUAAAUUUAAAUGAAGCAUUGAAAUAUGCUGAAAAAUCGGAAAAUCAAAAACUUAUAGGAUUAUGUAAUAAACAAAUUAGUCAAGUAUAUCAGGUCCAUGAAGAUUAUGAAAUGGCUCAUAAAGUUGCAGAACAAUAUUUCGAUAUAGCUGAAAGAUCCAAUGAUAUUUUGGAGAAGAUUGAAGCAUGUAAACUACUGGGAAGUAUAAAUGAAAAUUUAUCUAAACUAGAUGAAGCUGAACAAAAUUACAUAACUAUUAUUGAAUAUACAAAAUUAUUACAUAAUAAUAAUAAUACAGAGAAAUUAUCUGAAGCCUAUGAAUUAUUAGCUAAAUUUUAUAUAUUCAAUACAAAUAAAUAUGAAUUAGCUAAAUUAGCUUCUGAAAAUGGUUUAAAUUAUGCUCAAAUAAAUGAAACUAUUAUUUAUCAUCAAUUAAAAUUAUGGUAUUCAAUAUCAAAAUCGAAAUUAAUGGAACCGCAUUAUUUAAAUAUGAUUAUAGCUGCACAAUAUAAUUCCACUGAUAUGAUUGAUUUAAUUAAAUGGAAAGAUACACAUUGUAAUUUACCAAUAUUUGAUAAAGAUCAUUUUAGUGAAGUAACAUAUGACAGUUUUACUAAAAAACGAAAUGAGAUAAAUCAAUCAAAUUCAACUCAUACUUUGAACUCCUAAUCUAUUAUUUACAUCAUUUAUUUCGUAUGGUUCUUUGAAGAAUCCCCACGACAAAGAAACAAAAAGUCAAAACAGACUACUUAAAUCAAAUGAUCGAUGCACUGAACACUUUUUUUC